AUGUCCCGAGAAAUCAUCCACGGUGAGGACGCCAGGCUGCCGGUAGCCGGCGUGUUGAGCUCAUUGAGAAGUUUCAUCAAGCGCGAUAAUACGGCUGCAUUCUUGGCUGGUGGAGUUGCGGGAGCAUUAUCCCGGACUGCCGUUUCACCGUUUGAGAGGGUCAAGGUACUUUACCAGGUUCAAGGCACCAGCAAGGCUACGCAGUCUUACAGACACGGAGUGCUCAGAUCUGUGGCUCAGAUCUGGCGAGAAGAGGGCCUCAAAGGUUUAUAUAGAGGAAAUGGUGUCAAUUGCUUCAGAGUGUUUCCUUAUUCAGCAGUUCAAUAUUCCGUGUACCAGCAGUUGAAAUCGGUAUUGGGAACGGGUCCUGCGGAGAGUCGGCAGCUGGACGUGCCCAGUAAGCUAUUUGCAGGAGCUGUUGCAGGAAUGGCUUCAGUGGUGGCUACAUAUCCUCUGGAUCUGGUGAAGACUCGUCUUUCGGUUCAAACUGCCUCUCUGAAGAACUUGUCGACGUCCAGAAUUGAUGGAAAUACCAGAAAACCACCCGGCAUGUUCAGGUCUUUGGUGAAAAUCUAUACCGAAGAAGGUGGGGUACUUGCACUAUACAGAGGUCUAUUGCCGACCAUACUGGGAGUGGCUCCUUAUGUUGCGAUCAACUUUUCGAUAUACGAAAAACUCAAGGAACAAUUACCCGUGCAAUACCAGCACAAUGCGAUUUUGACCAUGGCUAUUGGUGCUGUUUCCGGAGGAAUUGGCCAAUCGUUGAUCUAUCCUUUUGACAUUCUUAGGCGAAGAUUUCAGGUCUUGACUCUGGGAACUGGUGAGAUGGGCUUCAAGUAUAAUUCCAUUUGGGAUGCAUUCAGGACAAUUUGGCGAACAGAAGGCACCAGAGGACUUUUCAAAGGCUGGGUUGCAAAUAUGUGGAAGAUCAUGCCUUCUAUGGCAGUUCAAUGGGCCUCAUACGAUCUGGUGAAAGAACUUAUCAAGAUCUUGUAA